AAAAACUUUUUUGGUCCUUUUAAUAAUCCAACAUCACUACACCAGUAUCAAUCAGUUGUUCAUUUUUCUCUCUCAUUGAAAUGGAGUAAUCAGGGUUUUCUUGUAGUUUCAUCAUCAUCUCUCUACAGCUACCCCCUUUUCUUCAACUUUUAAUCUCUUCUCAGUGGUAAGUUGGGUUCUUCUUCUGCUCACUCACUCUCUGGAACUACAAACUCAGUGGUGGAUCAUCUUUUACCGGUAAUUGCUAGUGUGUCUAUGAGCUUAGAAAUAAUGAAGUCAACAUUGAACCCUUACGCAAAAGCAUUCGUUCCACUCUCUGAAAAACAUGGCUCUGCCGUUGCUUCUACCUGGAGCCAUGAGGUGAAUAAGCAGAACCAGGGCAGUCCAAGAUCAGGUGUAGCUUCUCCCAAGUUCAUCAACCAUGGUGGAAAUCAACAAUCCAGGAAUCAGGAUUGGACACAAGGGCAAAAGAAUCAGGGUUCUUCUGGUUCGAGUUUCGUUAUUCCAAAUGGGAUGACAGCACAAGAGUACCUAGAUGAAGCAAGUGAGAUGGAUUUGGCUUAUCUCGGAGGCUUGUUUCCUGGUUUAUCUGAGCAGUCUAUUGGUUACAUAUAUUCUGCUUGUGGGGACGAUGUAGAUGCUGCAGUUUUAAUGCUAAAACAAGUCGAGGACCCUGCUGAAUCAUCUCAACAACUUCCGGACACCUUGGACAUUGGUGAUGAAUCGCCACCAGAACUCAAAUAUCAAGCUGCUGUUGCUGAACCAAAACUAAAGGAAUCCAACUCUGGCAACUCUCCUGGAUCAUUGUCAUCAUUGUCAUCCAGUGCCCUACACUUGGACCCUGCAGAAUCAUCUCAACAUCUUCCAGACAUGUUGAACAUUGGUGAUGAAUCAUCGGAUCUUAAGUCGCCUGGUUUCCUACCUUAGGCUGUGUGGUAUAUGUUAGAGCUUUCUUUGGAUAUAUGGGUAAAAAGUUAGGCAUGACUUUCUUUUGGUCUACAAACUGAUAUAGAGAAGAAUUACAGAUACUUGGUUCGUGUUUUUUAUAGGGUGAUUGUUGUUCAUUCCGUUGUUCACCCUUUUCUCUCGGUAUUACAUGUUUCUGCUAUUUCAGCAAAUUAUCUCCUUUCCUCUCAGGGGAGAGGAAAGUGAUCCUUUUGUACAUUUUGUUUCUACAGUUACAAAAUGGUUAUUAUUUCUAUGUCUCAGUUUGGUUUCA